AGAGAGAGAGAGAGAGAGAGAGAGAGAGAGCGCCAGGAGAAGAAGAGAGAAGGACGAUUUCGAGGCGAGGCCAGGAACUGGAAACCUUAUCUCUCCUGAUUGUCCAGCUGUUGUCUUUUUUUUUUUUUUUAAACCUCAUUUUAUUCCACGGUACCCGCCUUUAUAAAUGUAUAAAAAAACCUGAUCUAUUGCCAUCUCCAUGCUGAUGUGCUGCUGCGCCUCAUCACGAUUCUUCAAGGAUAUGCAAAGCGCCUGUUAUCACGUCGACGUUAUUUUCCGCUCAAUGCAAGGAUGUAAUAUCGGAACCACGGGAUCAACAAUGACGAACGCUAUCCGGGCUUGAUCAGCUGCAGAAAUCGACGGCGGGGGCGCAGAGCAACCCGGGUCCGUCCGUGCGUGCGUGCUUUCAUUUGCGUCUAAUUUGUAUUGUUUUCGUGUGUGAUCGAGUAUUUUCCUCUUCAGCAAUCUAUCGGAGCUAUAAGGCCUAUAGCCCGCAUCAUCUCUGGGCAUGAAACCCGUGGGAAUUAUGAUACCAACGUGACGCACAGUCACACAGCCCAGCGGGGAAGACAUCGAGCCUCGACAGGACUGAGGGAGGGUGUGAGGUCCAGCAGAGCCCUGCACAGCGCACCGAUCACAGGAGGAGGACGCCCAGUUGUUGUCGGACAUAUCGGGCUAAUGACUGCCUUACUGACUGCCAUAUAACCCCAGCAAGGUAUCGCCCACCGCCAUUCACUACUGAAUAUUUUAUUUUUCAUGCAUCGGGAGAAAGGGAGGAGAGUACAGUGGGUGAGGGCGCGGACGCGGAGAGACGGGAUGCGGGAGACGCAGUGAGCGAGGAGGAGGAGGAGGAGGAGGAGGAAGAGGAGGAGGAGGAGGAGGAGGAGGAGGAGGAGGGAAACCGGAGGAUUGACGGCUCUCCUAACGUGGCUGGUGGUGUGACGUGCAAACUCUUCCUGCCCAGCAUGGCUGUGUCACGGUGGCUCCUGGGGGUUUGUGUGCUCACGCUGGCUCACGUCGUCCCCUUUGGCCAAGCAGCCGUGUCCCGGUCCACCAUGUUUGGCCUGCUGCGCAGGGAGCUGGCAUGUGAGGGUUACCCCAUUGAGCUGCGCUGCCCAGGAAGUGACGUUGUGAUGGUGGAGACCGCCAACUAUGGCCGAACUGAUGACAAGAUCUGUGACGCAGACCCCUUCCAGAUGGAGAACACGCAGUGUUACCUUCCAGAUGCUUUAAAGAUUAUGGCUCAGAGGUGCAACAACAGGACUCAGUGUGUGGUGGUCGCAGGAGUCGACGUCUUCCCAGACCCCUGUCCUGGAACAUACAAGUACCUGGAGAUCCAGUAUGAGUGUGUCCCUUAUAAAGUGGACCAAAAAGUUUUCGUCUGUCCUGGCUCACUGCUCAGUAUCCAGCCAGCCUCGUCUCUCCUGGAGGCGGAGCAUCAGUCGGGGGCGUGGUGUAAGGACCCACUGCAGGCUGGUGACAGGCUGUACGUCAUGCCCUGGACACCUUAUCGGACAGAGGUGUUGUACGAAUAUGCGUCCUGGGACGACUACCGGCAGAACAGGGUUACCACCACCUAUAAGUUGCCAAGCCGUGUGGACGGUACAGGCUUUGUGGUGUAUGAUGGUGCUGUGUUCUACAACAAGGAGCGAACACGGAACCUGGUCAAGUAUGACCUGCGGACGCGCAUCAAGAGCGGCGAGGCAGUGGUGGUCAAUGCCAACUACCACGACACCUCUCCUUACCGCUGGGGAGGGAAGUCAGACAUCGAUCUGGCUGUGGAUGAAAACGGCCUUUGGGUGAUCUAUUCUACUGAAGCCAAUAAUGGACGCAUCGUAGUCAGCCAGGUGAACCCGUACACCCUCCGCUUUGAGGGGACGUGGGCCACUGGCUUUGACAAACGUGGGGCGAGCAAUGCCUUCAUGGCCUGUGGCGUGCUGUACGCUGUUCGCUCUGUCUUCCAGGAUGAUGAGGGUCAGGCUGAUGGGCGCGUUGGCAGCGACAUGGUGGUUUAUGCGUACGACACCAGCCGUGGACAGGAGCUGCCUGUUCAGAUACCUUUCCCCAACCCAUACCAGUAUAUCUCCUCCAUAGACUACAACCCCAGAGACAACCAGCUCUAUGUUUGGAAUAACUACUAUGUGCUAAGAUAUCCACUGCAAUUCACACCACCACCGCCCACUAAAGGUCCCCUCUCCUCCUUGAUGACCACAGUCCGCUCCUACACUGCCACUGUCGCACUGACCCCUGUGCAGCCUUCAGCCUCUCACCCAAUUGGGGUCAUUAACCGGGGGCCUUUUGACCAGAGGCCCAUCACAGCCAUGGUCCCCCUAACACCACGUCCUCCUCUACGGGUGCCCUUGGCCCCUGGGAGCCCCGGUCAGGUUGGAGGGUGCGAGGGUCGGGUGGCACGAGGGGUACAGUGGCCCCCGGCCCUGAAGGGAGAGACGGUGGAGAGGCCGUGCCCUAAAGGGUCGCUGGGUAUUGCCUCCUAUCAGUGUGUGUUGUCUCCAGUGGGUUGGAGCUCCAGAGGGCCUGACCUUUCCAACUGCACCUCUCCCUGGGUCAGCCAAAUUGCACAGAAGAUUAAGAGUGGAGAGAAUGCAGCCAAUAUCGCUGGGGAGUUGGUCAACUUGACCCGGGGGCGGAUCUACGCCGGUGAUGUCAGCAUGUCUGUUAGGCUAAUUGAACAACUAUUAGACAUCCUGGACUCACAACUACAGGCCUUGAGACCAGCCAAUAAAGAGUCUGCAGCACGCAAUUACAACAAGCUGCAAAAGAGGGAACGCACAUGUAGAGCUUAUGUUCAGGCGGUCGUUCAGACAGUUGAUAAUCUUCUGGGUCCAGAGGCUCUGGUGUCCUGGGCAGAUAUGAGCAGUGUGGACCAGUCACGCUCUGCAUCGCUACUAUUAGACGCAGUAGAAAAAGGAGCAUUUUUAUUAGCUAACAAUCUCUACGAGGGCCGGUUCAGUGACAGGGCACCAAAUAUUGACCUGGAGGUGUAUGUACUAAAUACAGAAGCAGACAUACAGGACCUGACAUUCCCUCACUCCUACGACAGCGACAGCGUCCUCCAGAUCUCAGCUCUGGCCCUGCAACAGUACAGCAACAAUGGCCAGGUGAAGCUGGUUCUCGCUCUCUAUAAGAACCUGGGUGCGUUCCUGACAACCCAGAACUCGACUCUGCGCCUGGGGCUGGGCCUGGGUCAGGGGUCAGACGUCAGGCGUAGGAGUCUGGUGGUCAACUCCCAUGUUAUCUCUGCCUCUGUUCACAGAGGCUCCAACAGAGUUUACCUCUCUGAGCCAGUGAUCUUCACUCUCAGGCAUCUACAGCUGGAGAACCACUUUGGUCCAAACUGCUCAUUCUGGAACACAACAGGGGCUUCUGGGAGCGGCAGGUGGUCCACUCAGGGCUGCCGCUUAUUACAUACCAACAACACACACACGACCUGUGCCUGCAACCACCUGUCCAGCUAUGCUGUCCUCAUGACGUACCAGCAGCCUGCUCAGUCUGGGGUCGGUGUUGAAGAGCUUCUGGUCAAUGUGGUUUCCUGGGUUGGCAUCUCUGUCGCUCUGGUGUGUUUGGCCACCUGCCUUACCACCCUUUGCUGCCAGGGGGCACCGUGGCACACUGAUCAUAGCACCAUCCACUGCAACCUGUGGGCCAACCUGCUGUUCACCGAACUGCUCUUCCUUGUUGGUGCCAAUAAGGCUCAAUACAUUGUUUUGUGUUCUAUCAUCGCUGGCUUGCUGCAUUUCUCACUGCUCUCGGUGUUUUGCUGGUUGUGUCUGGAGGGAGUGGAGCUCUACCUCUUGCAGCGGGAGGUAUUUGAGGGAAGGAAUUCCAGGAGGAAAUAUUUCUACCUGUGUGGCUACUCUAUUCCUGGGCUGGUAGUGGCUGUGUCUGCAGCCAUAGACUUCAGAGGCUACGGCUCAAAGACUGCAUGCUGGCUACGAACAGACAAUUACUUUAUUUCAAGCUUUCUCGGUCCUGUAGCUGUCAUCAUAACGUUGAACCUGGUUGUCUUGGUGAUGACCUUACAUAAGAUGCACAGCACUGCCGCGCUGAAGCCAGACUCCAGUCGCCAUGACAACCUGAGGGCGUGGGCAGUGGGCUCCCUGACGCUGCUCUUCCUGCAGAGUGUCACCUGGUCAUCAGGCCUGAUGUUCCUGUCCUCUCCAUCUCUCCUUCUGGCUUACCUUUUCUCUUCCCUCAACACCGCUCAGGGCCUCCUCAUCACCAUACUGCACUGCACCCUUGCCAGGAAGGGUCAGAAGGACUAUGGCCGAUGCCUACGUCUCUCACAGUGCUGUGCGACUUCAUCGUCCAGUUCUCCAGACUCAGUUAAGGGUGGUGCUCUGCGCUCCAACAGCCGCUACACCAGCAGUCAGAGUCGGAGAGCCACUGCAAACAGACAGAGCCGUAUAAGGAGGAUGUGGAAUGACACUGUUCGCAGACAGACUGAAUCCUCCUUCAUUGCUGCCGAUGUUAACAACACCCCCACUCUUAACCGAGCUGCUUUGGGGAACCAUUUCCUCACAAAUCCAGUGCUGCAAACCCACGCUGGAGCUUCUCCUUAUGACACGAUGCUAGCCCAAGGAUACAAUCAACCCUUCACCUCCACAGUAGGAACCUUCAGAAACAAGCCGAAGGGUGGUGUAUCCCAGAGCCAGGAGUCCUGUGGGUUGGACAGUGUGUGUCUCAACGGGGGCUACACUCCCAACACGUUUACCCUGCACGGGUUAGGGUCCACACCUGGAUCUCGGGCCGGAGUUGUAGGCAGCUCUGACCUUCUGAGGGAGGGAGGAGUGGGGAUAGGGGGAGAUGACAUCUCUCCAGCCCUCCUAACUCCUCACGGGGCAGCAGAUCUGGGUAGCGGUGCUGGAAUGCGCCGCAACUUGUCUGAUGCAGCAGCGUUGGAGAAGAUGAUCAUUUCAGAGCUGGUGCAGAGUAACCUGCGGCCCUCUGUUCCCAUGCCUGUUCCUCCUGAGCGCUAUGGAAGCUUAGCGAGGCCUCACCACCAUGACAGGGCAGCUGUCACUCACACUGCUACACUAACUCGACAUGUGCAGCCACCCCAGGAGGGCUGGGCUGCAACAAUGCAGCCAAACACACGGCACAACACACAGCAGGAGGGGUGGGCACAUACAAGGCACCACACACAAGACCCUGAAACACAUUCCACAACACGUGGACCAGAUCAUGCCACAACACCACGCUUACAAGAUGGCUGGUCACACUCGCGUGUUUCUGGGGAUUCAGAGACCCGAGAGCUUCUUAAAGACGGGGACAGAUCACAGCUGCAAGGCACUCUGGGUCGUCGAGGGUUCCAGGACAGACAGCAGGCACGUCCCCCUGAUGUUCAGGCUCGGCCUUACUCCACCCUCAGCCGCACCCCCGGUACUUUGUCCCGCCACCGCAGUGGAGCUGAGUCAGGUGCAGGGACGGACAGAGACAGGGACAGGGAUCGUUAUCGGGACAGACCGCUACCGCCUCCUCCCCCUCCUCCUCCGCAGGAGUCUGAGCCGUUGUACAAAGCUCUGGAAGAGCCACUGCUGAUGAAACAGAGGGAGGUGGGGGUUGAAACAUGGAGAGGCGGCCAGGACAGAGAGAAGGAUGAAACAUUUCUCUUAAAAAGAGACGGAAUAAUGGAGGAAUGGAGGGGAGGAACGGAGAGAGUGAGGGAUGAGUCUUUUACCUCACAGAAGAGUGUCGAAGAGAUGGAUGAAUGGAGAGGUGGAAUGGAGAGAGGGAGGGAGGAACCCAUUUUAAUGGAGAAGAGAGAUGGAAGAAUGGAGGUCUGGCGGGGAGGCACAGAGACUGAGCAGGAGGAGACUUUUAUCACCCAGAAGAAAGACUUUGGGAUUGAUGGAUGGCGAGGUGGGAUGGAGAGGGAGAAAGAAGAAUCCUUGUUUUUGAAGGACAGAGAUGGAUGGAGAGCAGGGGUUGAACGUGAGAAUGAGAAACAGAAGGACAGAGUGCUGGAUGUUUGGAGAGGGGGGAUGGAUAUUGACAGAGAGGACUCUUUCCUGUUUGAGGGCAAAGAUGGCGGUGCAGAUGGAAGAAAAAGAGGCAAAGACAGAGGGUCCAUUAGAUACCACGGUGAUCAUGACGAUUCAGACAGCUUUGCUCUGCCUUUGACCCCUGACCUAGACCUUGAUCCUGACUCCUCGCCUAUCUACGCUAGGGAUUCAAACCCCUCGCCACUUUAUCCUGGAGACCGCCGCUCUCCGCCACUCAGCAUCUUUCCGCGAAGCUCUCCACCAACAAAUAUCUUCGCUCCACGAGAUACUAACUCACCUCCAAACAAUCUAUACUCUCGCCACUCCCCGCAGGUGUACAGCCGCAGCAGCUCCCCUCCUCGCUUCUACACCCGCACCUCUCCUCCCACCCUUUCUUACCCCGACAGCAGCCCUGAAGGCCAAGAAGAGGUCAGCCCCCCUGGCCAGCCACAGCGGCCCGCCCUGGAACUCCCCUACAGCCUGGGGCGUCCCCCGCUGGGGCCGCGGCCCAAUCAUCUGCAGACCUUCUACCAGCCACCGCCGCUGGCAUCCAACGGAGAGGCAGUGUACACAGCAGAGCCCAGCUCCGAGGGAGACGAUGGACAGAUGCAAAGGGUGACGAGUCUGUGACUAGGGCGGUGGUGAUUGGGGCAUAGAAACCAGGGAGGAGGAGGAGGAAGAUGGUGAUAAAUAAUAAAUUAUGAUCAAAUUGAUGGAAAUGAUGAUGAAUAUGUUUAGAGAAUGAGGUGACACCGAUAAGAGGUGAUGGAUGUAAUGACGACAUGACUGUGAUGGCUCCUCUCUGCUUCUAUCUCCCGAUCACCACGAGACUUUCCCCUUUUCAUGUUUUGUUACUUUUCUAAGACUGUGAUCCAUUUAUAACUCUUCCUCUCCCCAUCCUCUCUUUCCUAAACCCUGCUGUGUUUUCCCGUAUCAUUGGUGCUUAUUAUUAUUAGCCCAUCAUCUAAGUUUCUAUUGGUUCAUCGGCUGGGUGUUGCCCUUCCCUGUAGCAAGCAAACAGUGUGUCAAAGAAGCACUUGUGUGUUGCCAAAAAAUCCUUUCAAAGAACAUGUGCAUGACUUUAUAGUGGCUUUACAAGGCUACAUACUGUAGGAAGGAAGUGCUCAAGUGUGUGAGUGUACGUGUGUGAGUAGCUUGAAGAGCAUGCGUGUGUGUAAGAGUGUGUGUGCGAGAGAGAGAGAGAAAAAGAAAGAGUGGUAGAGAGAGUGUGUGUGUGUAUAUACAUCAUUCUUGUAUAAUUAAUGUAUCACAGUGAAGCAUUUUAUCAAUAUCAAAGGGGGCCUCUUACACACAUCCUCCCUGCUACUGAUUUUGAACUCUUAACCAGUCCCAUUUCACAUCCUGGCCAAAACCUUUGCCUCCCCUGCCACUAACUGUUGGUGAUGGAACUCGUUGCCAUGGAGUUUGUCAUAGAAACAGGACUCUUGAAUCCAGAGCCAGUCAUAUAAAACCUCAGAACUUUUCUGCAACCCCCCCAGAUCCUUGUACAUAUCGACCUCAAGUGUUCUGAUUGUCUUGUAUUGCUAUUGAAGUUCAAGUAAACAUGUGAAAUAAAUGUUUCUGUCUUUC